AUGGAUCGUAAUCAUUGGAUGUACAAAACUGGGAGAUUUAACCCUGCAUAUUUGAGAGGCGUGCAAAGUUUUAUUAAGAUUGCUGAAGAUGAUCGUGUACUAAAAGGAAAUGAAUCAAUUCCGUGUCCUUGUAUGGAAUGCAAAAAUUUUACCGAAUUUAAAGAAAUAAAGGACAUCAGACAUCAUUUGAUUACAAAUGGUUUUAUGUAUAAUUAUACUUGUUGGUCAAAACAUGGGGAAUCACUUGCCAAUCGUAGCACAACAUCGACUAGUUCUGUUGGUUAUAAUGAUGAGAACAAUGAUUCAUACAUUAGUGAUGAUAAUGACAAUUUAAAUGACAGUGAUGACAAUUUAAACGAUAACAAUGAUAAUUUAAAAGACAUGUUCGAUGAUUUGGAAACUAAUAUUGGUGACAAUGAUCAAGAAAAACUACAACAGAUAUUUGCCGAUUCGGAAAAACCAUUAUAUACAGGUUGUGAAAACUAUUCUAAACUCAGUGCAGUGUUGAAAUUGUUCAACUUAAAGUCGAAGUACGGAUGGAGCGAUAAGAGUUUUACAAGUCUAUUAGUGGUUUUGAAUGACAUGCUUCCCAAAGACAACGAGUUACCCAUAUCCUUAUACCAAGCUAAAAAAAUGAUGUGUCCAAUGGGAUUAAAAGUUAAAAGAAUACAUGCAUGUCCGAAUGACUGUAUCCUAUAUAGAAAUGAGUUCGAAAACAGUCAUGAAUGUCCUACAUGUGGUGCAUCGAGGUACAAGCGAAAAAAAGAAGUUGCUGAAUAUGAUGACGAUGUGACGAAAAAUGGACCACCCGCUAAAUUGUUGUGGUAUUUUCCCAUUAUACCGAGACUUAAACGUUUAUUUGCUAAUGCUAAAGAAUCAAAAUUAUUGCGUUGGCAUUUUGAAGAUCGUAAAAAAGAUGGAAAGUUAAGACAUGUGGCGGAUUCACCUCAGUGGAGAAAUAUUGAUUAUAAAUUUCCAGAUUUUGGUACCGAGAUUAGAAAUAUACGGUUUGGUCUUAGUUCGGACGGUAUCAAUCCUUUUGCAAAUAUGAGUAGUCGUCAUAGUACUUGGCCGGUUCUUAUGUGCAUCUACAAUCUUCCACCAUGGUUAUGUAUGAAACGAAAAUACAUAAUGAUGUCGUUGUUAAUUCAAGGUCCAUACCAACCCGGUAAUGACAUUGAUGUUUAUUUAUCUCCUUUGAUUGAUGACAUGAAAACACUAUGGAGUACAGGCGUAAACAUGUAUGAUGCUUAUAAAAAAGAGAACUUUACUUUGAGAGCCAUGAUUUUUUGCACCAUAAGUGAUUUUCCAGCAUAUGGAAAUUUGUCAGGAUAUAGUACGAAAGGUAAAAAAGCUUGUCCAGUAUGUGAAGACGAAACAAGUUCGAUAUGGUUAAAUAAUUGCAGAAAAACCGUGUAUAUGGGACAUCGACGAUUUCUUCCCACUAACCACCGUUAUCGAAGAAAAACCAAAGAGUUUGAUGGAAAUACUGAGCUCCGAACGGUUCGGAAAGGGGGUUUUGAUGCAUAUUCGCGAGUUGAAGGUAUAAACACCGUGUUGGGAAAAAGAACUCGUACUGAGAAAGGAACUCGUACCAAGAAAGGAACUCGUACCAAGAAAGGAACUCGUACCAAGAAAGGAACUCGUACUGAGAAAGGAACUCAUAUCGAAAAUAGAGAUAAUUGGAAAAAAGGUCAAUUUUUUGGGAUUUACCUUACUGGAAAUGUUUGGAAGUUCGACAUUGCCUAG